AUGCUCCCGUUGACUACGAAUCCACCAUCCGACAUCACCACUGACAUUUACUCCACCAUUGAGUCCGACAUCACCACUGACGUUUACUCCACCAUUGAGUCCGACAUCACCACUGACGUUAACUCCACCAUUGAGUCCGAUAUCACCAGUGACUUUGACUCCACCAUUGAGUCCGACACCACCAGUGAUUGCAACGCUGCCAUUGGUUCCGGUGCAGCGAUCGAUCCCAGCACCAGUGUUGUUUCUGACACUUCCGUUGACUACUACUCCACUA